CGACCACCCAUGCAGCUGCUCCAUCCGCACAUCACGUGACCCGACUCCCCUCCACUACUUCAUUCAACAUGAUGGCUGCGGAUGCUGCGGAUGCUCGCUGCCGCAUCCUGCAUCCUCUGCAUCUGACCGCCAUCCCUCACCUCCUCCACCUCCUCCUCCUCUCCUGGCUGCCAGCACCGACUUCAGCGCUGCUCGGCGUCCGGCCAGAAGACACCCAAAGCGGGGAUUUGUCCGUGCAGGAUGGCGUCCUGAGAGCCACGGAGGGGACUCGCUUCAUUUUGAGGGUGUACUUCUCGGAGCGUCCCAACAUGAACUGGAGCGGUGCAGCUGACUCAGCUCCAGCAGCUCCGUGGAUCGCCUUCAUAGAGGAGCAAGAAGGGGACAGCGAGGGCCGGUCCAGAGCGAACCCUUGCGAGGAGGAGAACGCCCGGAGCUCUGACAUCGAACUACUGGGCUCUUUCAAAUCCACCUCCAGUCGCAACUCGGUGCUGGUCGAGCUUCUUGCCAAGCAUCUACGCCGAGGAGAAGCGGUGAAGUACUACUCCAUGUGCGCUUUUGACGGCGUCAAAUGGGAACACUUCAGCACCAGAGACUUCUGGCUGGCUGUGGUAGAGAGACCUGCGGAGGCGGACGCGUGGCUGCAGGCGGGAGUCUCCGUGCUUCUCCUGGGGCUCUCCGCGCUCUGCAGCGGACUCAACAUCAGCAUGCUGGCCCUGGACCCCGUGGAGCUGCGGGUCCUGCAGAACAGCGGAACAGAGAAGGAGCAGAAGUACGCACGUAAGAUAGAGUCAGUGCGUAAGCAUGGCAACUAUAUCCUGUGCACUGUGGUGCUGGGCAACGUGCUCACCAACACAUGUUUUGUGGUUUGGAUGUGCCAGAUAUUAGGCAUGACCGUCCUCUCCACGGCCUCCUGCACUUUAGGGAUUUUCUUCAUAGGGGAGAUUUUGCCUCAUUCUGUGGCGUCCCGGCACAGCCUCGCCAUCGCUUCCAAGACCCUGUGCGCCACCAGGCUCCUCAUGCUCCUCUUCCUCCCCAUCGCCUACCCUGUCUCCAAGAUCCUGGACAUCCUGCUCCACCAGGAGAUCAGCAGCUUCUAUACACGGGAGAAGCUGGUGGCCAUGCUGAGAGUCACAGAUCCGUACCACGACUUGGUCAAGGAAGAGCUCAACAUCAUCCAAGGAGCUCUGGAGCUGAGGACCAAGACGGUGGAGGACGUUCUCACCCCUUUAUCCGACUGCUACAUGCUCUCAUCAGAUGCUGUGUUGGACUUUGGCACCAUGUCUGAUGUGAUGCAGAGUGGCUUCACAAGGAUCCCGGUCUACGAGAACGAGCGGUCCAACAUCGUGGACAUCCUGUUUGUGAAGGACCUCGCCUUUGUUGACCCGGACGACUGCACCCCUCUGAAGACCAUCACUGAGUUCUACAAACACCCCAUGCACUGCGUCUUCAAUGACACCAAGCUGGAUGUGAUGCUGGAGGAAUUCAAGAGAGGCAAGUCCCACCUGGCUGUGGUGCAAAGGGUGAACAAUGAGGGCGAGGGAGACCCCUUCUAUGAAGUGAUGGGCAUUGUCACCCUGGAGGACGUCAUCGAAGAGAUCAUCAAGUCUGAAAUUGUGGACGAAACAGAUCUUUACACUGAUAAUCGGACUAAAAGACGAGUAUCGCACCAUGAGAGAAAACAGCAGGACUUUUCCAUCUUCAAAGUGGCAGAAAAUGAGCUGAAUGUGAAGAUCUCGCCGCAGUUGUUGUUGGCAACACAUCGUUUCUUGGCCACAGAGGUGGAGCCAUUCAGGCCGUGUCACCUGUCGGAAAAGAUCCUGCUCCGUCUCAUCAAGCAUCCCAGUGUGGUGCAAGAACUCAAGUUCAACCCCAAGAACAAACACGCUCCUCAACACUACCUCUUCCAGAGGAACAAACCUGUCGACUACUUCGUCCUCAUCCUGCAGGGACGAGUGGAAGUAGAAAUCGGAAAGGAGGCCCUCCGCUUUGAAAAUGGAGCAUUUUCCUACUACGGCAUGCCAGCACUCAUUCCACCCCUGCCAGUCGGUCAGAGGUUUUGCUCUCGCAGCAGCGGUCUCAACCAAUCAGACUCGCUGCUGAGUGGAGGCAGCGUGGGUCAGCUCUCAAUAGGAGGGUUCUACUUACCCGACUACUCAGUCCGACAGCUUACAGACCUGCAGAUAAUUAAGAUAAUAAGGACCCACUACCAGAACGCCCUGACAGCCACAAGAAUGGAUAGCUCCCCUCAGACACCAGACCCGGUGGAUGGAGACGCUAAAGGGAGGCCGCCGGUCUCAGAGGCUCGCUCGCACAGCAUCGCCCUCCCCCUCACCAACACGUACACCCGACUGGGACUGGCACGCCUCGCACAGCUUCAUCCCCACGCGGGCCUUAGAAACACCUCGCAUCUCAAUCAUAGAAAUAGGAUUGUUCGCAGUAAAUCAGAUGGGCAGAGGAGUCCCAAUGAUACAGUCUUCCUGCGCAUGGAUGACAUUCCCUACAUACAAGAGGAUCGACCGGAGAAUUAUGGAGAAAAUGACGUGCCUACAGACUCUCAGACAACCACCUCUCCUUACGUCAGCUCUCGCUCGCUCUCCAGCUCGGAGGAAAAUAUAGGAAAGAAGCUUUUGCGUAAACUGAGUAAUAAGAGGAGGAAAAAGUCCCGGGAUGGAGAGCAGAGUUUGGAGGAAUGUGUGGAGCAGCCACCAGUGACAAGCUAGCACAGUGAUGACACACAUUUUCCCUUUCUAUCCAACAGUCCCAUCCCAUAAUGACUCCCUAGAUACGCUGUCACCUCCCUGCAGGAGACUGAGCCAUUAUGUGCUGUAGUUACCAGUGUACUCAGGUCCCCACUGACACUCUGCCCCAAAUCUGCCUCCCUUCACACCUUUUACUGAUAGGAAAAAAAAGGGAACUAAUGAGGGAAAAACAGCAUCAAAUUCCCAAAAGCACUAAUAUUGGUGAAACCAGCCUUACACUGGGAACUAAAAGUAAAGUAAAGUAAUUGAAGCCAUACAAUGUCACUAAACAUGAUCCCCUUUCACACAGAUCCUAAAAAUAAGCUGCCUUUUGCACAGAACUCACAGCUGUAGGGAAAUUGUUGCAACCGUGUGAGCUUUUACACAGCAACAGUCAACAGUUACAGUUACAGUCAACACAACAGAACAGGCGGAGUGUCUGUGUGAAACUUUCCACCCACUGUUUCAGCAUUCUCUUUUUACACAGAUACCAUCCCGCCUCUGUUGCAGCUUUGAUACGACCUCUUUACUAUUGGCAGGAUGAUUCCUUCUCUGUUGCACCUUUCACACUGCACUUAAAAGCUGGAUUUUCCCGGCUUCUUUCCCCUGUGUUGCUGUUCUGUGUGAACAGCACCAAUUAUUUCGGAAGUAGUAUCAGAGCAUAACAGAGGCGGAAUGUCCUUUCACACUGCACUUAAAAGCUGGAUUUCCCCGGCAAUUUUCCCGGCUUUUUUCCCUGUGUUGCUGUUCUGUGUGAACAGCACCAACAAUUUCGGAAGUAGUAUCAGACCAUAACAGAGACAUAAUUUCACCUGUGUGAAAACAUAUUCGGCAUGGUGCUGCUAGUUUGCAGGAUCUCUGUGUAACAGCUGUGUUCUGUGUGAAAUGCAACAAAAAGAUUUCUGUGUGAAAGCGGCUUUGUACACAAAAAAACUAGCAGACAAUGGGCCGUGUGAGAGGUGCUAAUAAUCGCAAUUCUGAAUCACUUUUGCCAGAGCACAUUCUUGUGAUAUUUUAGAAGGAUAUUGUACUAAAAAGUAGUGUAUUUUCUUAGGGAAUUUACAUAUUUUGAAGGGUAAUUAAGCUUUAUUUAAAUUAUUUUGCAAACAAUAAUCCCCUGACACAAACCACAAUGAAAUGGUAGGAUUUGAUAGCAUUUCUGUGGUUUUGCCCUGAACAUGAUGUACAAUUUCCUACUAAAUUGUCACGUGAGGUGACCAGGAAAUGGAAUCUAACGGUAAUGAGGUGAAAUGGUGCCAUCUACUGCCGAUAAAUGAUGACUACACUGCACAGCACACUUUUUGCACCAGAUUUUAAAAAACAAGAGCCAUUUUCUCUUGAACUCCCGCACACUUUAAAAGGGGUUUGCACAAUUUUCAAAAAUGUGAACCGGAAAUGAGACAAUUUAUUAUGUUUUUUUUUAUAUAUAUAUAAGACUUACCAAAUAGGCAUUGAAGAAAAGCAAUAUCAGUCAUUGUAUGUAUUGUACAGUAUCAUCGUGGAUGCAUGCACACAGCUCUGUGUGGUCUCUGCUUGCGAACAGCAAUAAUUGAUAAUGCUACUGUGAUACUGUUGCCAUAACAACAAAUGUAUGCUACUACUUGAUUAAAAAAAAAAAAAAGUGGAACCUCCAAAAGUUAAACACCCCCCUCAUGCUGUGCAAUUUGGAAUUUGACCAAAAAGUUACCAAAAACGAUCAAUUGUGUGUUUUGCCUUUUUCAGACACUUAAUCCAAAAGAAGAGGCAGUUUUGUCAUUAAUUUGUUCCAAAAGGUCAAAUAAAACAAAACAGCAAUUUUUCCCCCUCAGGAAAUACAGUCAUCCCUUGUUUAGCAUGGUUUAUUGAUAUGUGAAUUUCCGAAAAGUAUGAUUUUUGUAGUUAAGAGCAUAGAAAACCUGUUUAACUAUAUAUUUUUAGCAUUAUUAGAGCCCUCUAGACAUGAAAUAACACCCCUAUAGUCACUUUUGCAGCCCAAAAUAGUUGACAUAAUAUUAGACAUAAAUAAGACAUUAGCCACCAACAUACUUGAUUUGCUAUUGUCUCAUCAAUGUAACAUUUCUGACACCUAGUGGCCAGUGUGGUAUAACACUACUGCAAUGGUGCAGUGAACAUUCACACAGGAGCUGCUGUCAGCCACAACUCACACCAGUCACUGGCAUUCUCUACACUGCUAACCCAGGCUAACACUCAGGAACUCUACACUAGCUAGGUCCCGCCUCUUAAAGGCAUACACAACGUCACAGAUAGCACACUACAUAACAUCGAAAUGUAUUAUAUUUGUAUUUCAGUUCAUUUAGGUAGUUUAAUGAAUAAUUACAUGAAUAAUUACAAUUUGUUUUGACUAAUCAUAGGCCGGCAUGGUGGUCGAGUGGUUAGCGCGCAGACCUCACAGCUAGGAGACCAGGAUUCAAUUCCACCCUUGGAGUUUUUGGAGUUUGCAUGUUCUCCCCGUGCAUGCGUGGGUUUUCUCCGGGUACUCCGGUUUCCUCCCACAUUCCAAAAACAUGCUAGGUUAAUUGGCGACUCUAAAUUGUCCAUAGGUAUGAAUGUGAGUGUGAAUGGUUGUUUGUCUAUAUGUGAAGCUUGUGAUUGGCUGGCGACCAGUCCAGGGUGUACCCCACCUCUCGCCCCAAGACAGCUGGGAUAGACUCCAGCACCCCCCUGACCCUUGUGAGGAAAAAGCGGUAGAAAAUGAAUGAAUGAAUGAAUGAUCAUAGGCCGUAUUCUUUAUAAAAUUGCUGGAAUUCGCAAUUACUUUCUUAUUUAUCAGACUUUUUGAGUGCAAUACAGUGGAGAAACAUAAACAAACAUUUUAGAUAUAAAAACUGGGGUGUAUGAAAACAGAGACUUGACUGUAUUUCCAUUAUUUCCAAAGGGGGAAAAAUGGAGGUUCCACUGUAUGACAAGACAUUUAAAUAACAAUGCAUAAAAACAGCUGACAAGGCAAAAAAUACCUUUUUUUUAAACACACUUUACUUCCUACUUAAGCCAAAAUGGUGACAGGAAAAUGAGUUUCGAUGAAAAAAAAAAGCUCUCUAUUUGGCACAUAUCCCGACAGGAAGUCAUGUGUUUUACAUAGCAAUAUGCGAGUCCCUGAAGCAUUCUGACACCAUCCAACAUCUUGCCUGUUUAUCACUGAAGCUGCCUACAGACCAAUUAAGAAUAAGCUAACAAUGUUUGGGGGAGGGCUGAGUUCUAGUUGCAUGUUUGUUUAUGCUGCCUAUAAAGUAGAAUCGCCCCCCUUUAGAGGUUCCGUUUGCAUGCUGGGAUGGGGGUGGGGGGUGCAUGAAUAGGAUCGACCCUGCUGUAACUCUUCCCAUAAAGAGACUCCAAAUGUUGCUUGUAUAUAAUAUUCGCUAAGAUCCUUAUGGCUGCAUUUUGAUGCCAUAUGAAUAUAGAUGCUUAUUGGGGGGUACAAGGGGACAUUAGAUACUAUUCAAGGAUAUUUUAAGCCAUUGUUUAGGAAGCUAGAAGAGAAGUUAUGAAAUAGAGAUAUAAUAACUAUUGCAGCCGCUUAAGCUGAAUUUUGGUUGAUCUGCUCUGGAAAAAAAAAAAAAGUUGGAUCAAUAUAAAAGCAAUAUGACGCAGACAUUGACGUCGAGUUCUUUUCAAAUACACAUGAAUGCAAGUUGGUUGGAGCCGGCCAGCAACAAUCCGUUCUGUCUGCAAGGGGAACGAGUGCAAAAGUACUGCACUGCUCAGCAUUUGGCAUUGACCCCACUGUAUACACACAGUGUGCAAAACAAAGACGUUUUUACAUGUUUUGCCUCUACUUUAUUGAUUCAUGUGUGUGUGUUUACAGAGGGAACCUGCAAAGGCAUCGGGAUGUUCAUGCACUGUAACCCAAAUAUAAUUACAAACACAACUAAUAUAUUGAAACUAAUUCUAAAUAUCAUAAUAUCAUAAAUAAACUGUCAGAGCUGCUACUAUGGUGUCAUUUUAUACUAUUCACCCUAAAAAGAUGAUUAUCUCAUCUUAAAAUGCACAUUGAUUCCAGUAUAAAUGACAAAUGCACAAUAUAGUUUCAUUCAUUUUUAUUAACUGUAUCAUUUAAAAACAUUCAUAGCUUGAAUUCAUGUGCACAUUAAGAUAUUAUUAUUUAUUAAUAGAUGACACGGUUCAAGUUUUAACAAUAUACUUCUGAGGAGACAUUUUCAUGUUACAAAUAUUUGUAAAAAAACAAAAUACACAGUGAAGGAAUACUAUUGAAAAACCCCGUCAUUCUUUCUACUGGCCACCAGGGGGCGACAAAACCAAUACUACUAUGGUUGGCAGUUUACCUUGGGAGAACAUUUCUAUUUGUUACUUGAUUUAAUAGCUAAGGUGGAGUAUUGGGGUCGGAAAUUUACGACAAUAAAGUUGUAAAUGUAGCAACAUUUACGACUUUAUUCUCUGCAAAUUUGCCUGUAUGACUUUUCUCAUAAAUGUACGACUUUAUUCAUGUGAAAUUAUAAGGAAAAAAAGUCAUAAAUUUAAGAGAAAAAAAAUUAUAAUAUUACCUUUGCCCAAGGCCAAAGGUCACAUAAGUCAUAGUCGUCUCUAGCAAUGCCUGUUAUACGACAGAAUAUUUAAUUAAUCUGAGAGUUUGAGAAUAAAGUCGGGAAAUUAUGACAAUAAAGUCGUAAAUGUACAAGGAAAUGCUAAUAUAACGAGAAUGAUGUCCUACAUUUAUGAGAAAAAAUGGUAACGUUAUGUUACAGCAAUUGCCUAAAAAACAGUGGUGAAAAAGGGGGAAGUUAUCUGACCUAAGGAAGGCGGAAUUGCUAAUUGCUAAAUGCUCAAUUUUUAGCACUCCGUUUUGCUGCCACGUUAUAAAUAAAAGCUUGCCUGAAACAAUAGGUGAAGCUUUGCCGUGUAAAUUUAAGAAAUCUAAUCCUAAUAAACUACUGCAAGUUUCAAGUCUUCUUAAAUGUAGAAUUAAGUUUAUUUUAAGGAAAAAUUAGCUCCAAAACUUUUUCAUUUAGUCAUUAAAUACUGUUAAUAUAGAAUUAUUAAAUUAAUCGAAUGCAAUUAAAACGUGUUUUUUUUACUAUGAACCCAAUUAUGAAAGAUUAAGAAGGUUAAAAAAAUGUUUGUAUUCAGCAUAAGGACCAAAGUAGGGCAGUAAAAUGGGUGAAGAACACCCAUUGUCAGGAAUGAGGAGCCCUAAAGGCUGGCUUUUUACUGGACCUGAGUGACGGCCUCGUGGAUGGACUCGGCCACGUAGCUGAUGUUCUUACUGGUCAACCCGCACAUGUUGAUGCGACCGCUGGCCAUCAGGUAAAUGUGCUUCUCCUUCACCAAAUACUCCACUUGUUUGGCUGCAAGAUGAGCAGACAGGAAAGGGAGGAAAAUAAGGCUGGGUGACUCCACAUGUGAACGAGCAGGAACACAAUAUAUACAAUAUAUACAGUAUACAUAUAUAUACAGUAUAUACAGUAUGUCUGCUUUGUUGUUUGUGGUAUUUCUUUAUAUAUUUACAGUGGCACUGCUUUAAUCCUCCUCCCAGUCUGAGCUUUUCUUCCUGUCAGUCACACACACUGGUGUGUGUUAGUUGUUAGCAUGCUAGCAAACAACAGUGGAGGAGUUACAAUGCCAUUUGUAGCCAAGAUACUUAAAUGGGAGUACUUAUUAUACUCAUUUUGAACUCCGAUUGAGCAGCAAAACAUGACAACCUGCACAGAAAGCUUUCUAGAUCUUCCAGACUCUGCACCUCUUCAUGCUGUGUUUCCAUGGAAAACAGUCUUUUUAAUGUACUCAUACCCCUCCCGCCGAGCCCACUUCACUGUGAUUGUUCGCACUCCUGAGGACUUCCAGACAGCUGCCGAAACCCUUUUUGUUUGAUUACUUACACAAAAUGUACACAUUUAGGAUACUGAUAAAUUGUUACUUACUGAAUUGUCGUUGACAGAUGAAUAUAUUUUUCUCUGGCCGGUCGGAAAUCUGAAACUCCAACCACUUUUGUCUGAUGCUUGCCUAGGCUAAAAAAAAAUUAGCAUUUCCUCGCACCAAAAAAAAAAAAUCCUGGCAGCCAUUAUUGAACUGGGCAUGCCCAUAUAAGCUCUGUGACUUCCUCCUUGCUGUCAUGUGUGAUCUUCCAUCCCUGCUGAGCUCUUAUUAAAUGCAAUUGUGCCACCUUGUGGCCGUUUUUAUGGCUUAAAACUGCUAUAGUUAAGUUCAUUCUAUUAUUAUUAUUUCAUAAACAUUGAAAACAGAAAUAAAACAAAAAAAGAUACAUUUUUUAG